UCCUCAAAUUACCUUUCAACCCCCUUCCAUUUCCCAUCAUUGCAUUGCCUCCAUCAAAAUCUUAACACCUCACAUGAUCACCUGCCUUGCAGUCCAUGGCAACCUCCUCUAUGCUGCUUCAGUGAACCAAAUCGACGUCUUUGAUCUAACAAGCUAUGCCCGCAUCGACACCUUUGGCUGCACCGACUCUACCUCCUCUGGUUCCAUCAAGUCUAUUGCCUUUGACCGCGAUGGGAAGAUCUUCACAGCCCACCAAGAUUGCAAGAUAAGAGUCUGGCAGAUAUCGGCAACGACGGGUCGAGAGCACCACCUUGUGUCGACUCUCCCCACCAUGAAGGACCGAUUGCUCCGCUCUGUUUCCCCAAAGAACUAUGUUAGGGUUCGGCGUCACAAGAAGCAACUUUGGAUCAAACACGCUGACACUGUCUCGGGGCUGGUUGUUCAAGGGGGUUUAGUCUAUUCAGUUUCCUGGGACAAGAGUUUCAAGAUAUGGCGGGCAUCGGAUCACCGGUGUUUGGAGUCCAUUAGGGCACAUGAGGAUGCCGUAAAUGCCCUUGCUGUGUCCGUUACCGGGACAGUCUACACUGCAUCGGCGGAUGGGAGAAUUAGGGUCUGGGGGAAGGAUGUUGUUGGCGAUGAUGGGAGGAGAAAACAUAGUCUCAUGGCCACACUAGAGGAGCACAAGUCCACGGUGAAUGCGCUUGCAUUGAACUGGGAUGGAUCGUUGCUGUUUUCAGGGAGUUGUGACCAGUCGAUUUUUGUGUGGGAGAGGGAAGAGGACAGUGACAAGCACAUGGUGCUUGUGGAUGAGCUUUUGGGGCAUACUGGGGCAGUGCUGUGCUUGAUCAAUGUGGGCUGUCUGCUUAUAAGUGGAUCAUCAGAUCGGACAGUGAGGGUCUGGCAGCAGGGGGUGGCAGGUGGUUUUGGGUGCUUGGCGGUGCUUGAGGGGCACGAGCGGCCAGUGAAGUCGUUGGUAGCGGUUUCCAGGGAGAUGCCAGGGGCUGUGGCUGUUUUGGUUUGUAGCGGAAGCCUGGAUGGGGAGAUUAGGGUGUGGGAGCUCAGGAUGUGAAUCAAAUCAUGAUCAAAAGCAGGUAGGCCAAGGUUGGGAGGUUAUUUGAGUGCCAUCGCCAGUGCAGUUUUCCAGUGAGGUCCAAGUCGCAGCCAGUUAUCUUCAAAUUGGGGGAUUCUUCUGCAGACUUUUGUAGAUUUGUCAAUAUGCAGCUUUGGUGUUGCUUGUGUUGAGGGGUUGCGGGGACGAUCGAUUGGUCUCGGAUAUGUUGUAUUUCGCCAAUUCAUUGCAGGCUUCCAGCGCCAGCUUGCCUUCACGCUUCACCCUUCGCCUUCAGCCUUCAGAGACUCACUGUCACUCACACUCACGCUGCAGCCUGCAGUCCUGACUUCACGCACACGGCACAGCCGCACAUGCCUUCGGCCGCCCUUCAGGCUUCAGUGCUUCACGCUUCAGGCUUCACUACUUCAGCAUUUCACUUCUCAGUACUCAGUAGACAGUAGGCCUGCAAGACUCAAGAGUCUCAACUCUCAAUCAACACAAAAAAACCGUAAGGGCUCUAAGUCUCUAACCCACGCCAGUGACGCCACGGCUCUCGAGUCUCCACUCUAGUCUCUCAAGCUCUCACCCUCUCGGCCUCUCCUAACUCUCCUCUCCUCUCCUCUGGAUCUGGUGCGCUGCAACGUGCCGCCGUGCUGGAUUGCCCCGACCUGUCCUCUCCUGAGUCUCCUCUCCUCUCCUCUGGUGUGCUGCUACUUGCCGGACCUGCCGGUGUUGUGAGUUGCUCGAGUCGUCGCCUCCAGGCUCCAC